AUGGCCGAUGAAAAGCGCUUGAAGGCCAAGGAGGCGAAACGGCGGAAUGCAAUCGACGUCUUCAAACGAAUGGACCUGUUCCUCGCCGGCUACGUCCCAGAGCAACAUCAACGUGAGGUUGCCCCCCGCUUGGAUCGUUUGGAGAAAGUAUGGGAGAUAUUUGAGAUUGUGCAGGAUGAAUGUGAAGAGCUGGAUGAUGCGGAGGAAUCUGUGAAGACAAACCUCGAGCUACGUGGUCAAGUAGAAGCGCUAUACUUUCGUGUGAAGGCAGGUCUCAUAGCGAAAAUGCCAGCUAAACCGCCUGCUCCAGCAAAUCCCGGACCUUCGUCAGCGCCAGUCGCUCCGUCGCCUCUGGCCAACGUUAAGCUACCCACCAUAUCACUCCCCGAGUUUGAUGGCUAUUUUAAUACCUGGUUGACCUUCCACGACACCUUUCUAUCGAUGAUUCAUUCAUCGACAGAAAUUUCCCAGGUGCAGAAAUUUCAUUAUCUGCGAGCCGCUUUGAAGGGUGAAGCGGCCAACGCAAUCCAGUCGAUCACGAUAACGGCCAACAAUUACGCGGUCGCUUGGGACACACUGGUCAACCGGUACUCCAACAAGGCCAUCCUUCGGAAAAAGCACAUUCGUGCCCUCCUCAAGUACCCCAAAAUCCCGCACAACAAUGUGGAUGCCCUUCACAAGGUCGUCGACGAGUUUCAGCGCCACACAAAAGUUCUGGAGCAGCUUGGUGAGCCAGUGGCGCAGUUUAGCUCCAUUUUAAUCGAGUUGCUGGAGGAUAAGCUAGACGAUGCUUCGUUGACGGCUUGGGAGGAAUCGAUCGCCAUUGAACCUCAUCCUACUUAUGACAAGAUGGUCGAAUUCCUGCAGAAACGAGCACGCAUUCUGGAGACGAUUGCCAUCAAUCGCCCGCAACAUUCCAGUUCCAAACCUGCAAACGUUCCCGCGACGAAGAAAGCAAAUCAGCCUCGGAUUAGUACCAUCGCGGCGGCUGAAAUCCCGUCGAAGUCGUUCCCGAUCUGUCCAGCCUGUGACAAACAGAAGCACUCGAUCUUUGACUGCUCUGUCUUCAACGGUCUGGAUACGAAAGGCCGCCUAAGGGUGGUCUCUGAUAAGAAGCUCUGCAGCAACUGCUUCCGUAGCGACCAUUUUGCCCGCAACUGUCGUUCCAAAUUCAAUUGCAAGCAUUGUUCGAAGCGGCAUCAUUCCAUGAUCCACCCCGGACCGUUCGAUGCUACCUCCGAAAGCAAUACACCGCCCAGUCAGGCUGUACCGUCUACCAGCACCUCUAGUGUUACCACGGCAGUGGUAGCAGCACCUACUCCGCAGAUUGUAUCCACGGUGAAGUCCUCCAACGCCAACGUUCUCCUUACGACCGUUGUAUUGAUUGUCGUCGACGUCUACGGUCAAGAGCACAUUGCUCGCGCUAUGUUGGACACCGGUUCUCAGCCCAACGCAAUCAGUGAGCGGCUGUGUCAGCAGUUGCACCUCCCCCGCAAGGUUGUUAACGUGCCGAUUGCCGGAGUUGACAGCAUCGUCACCAAUGCGAAACACGAAGUACGUGUAGAAAUUCGAUCUCGUGUGGCCAACUUCAACGAAUCACUGGACUUCCUGGUUCUGCGAAAGGUGACCCAUGACUCGCCAUCUGUUUCGUUCUCCACCGCUCAGUGGACACUUCCCGAAGGUCUAGCCCUGGCUGAUCCCGACUUCCACACUUCUCGAAGAGUGGAUAUGAUCAUCGGCGCAGCCCACUUUUAUUCAUUCCUGCGCGAUGGACGAUUCCGCCUACAAAGCCCUGGCCCAUUACUAGUCGAAACGGUAUUCGGCUGGAUAGUGUCCGGAAGGUUUGAGGAAAUCGGUGGUACGACUUCGCGACCCACAGUUACGUGUCAUACGGCGACCGUGGCUUCCCUAGGCGAGCAGCUAGAGCGUUUUUGGCAAGUGGAAGAACUUCACGGUUCGAACUACUCCAUCGACGAGCAAAGGUGCGAAGAUUACUAUCGCGCGACCGUCUCCCGUGACUCAACUGGCCGAUACGUAGUUCGUAUGCCAAAGCACCCCAACCACGAAGAGCUGAUUGGAGCAUCGAAGCCGGUCGCAUUACGCCGUUUCAAGCUGUUGGAACGGAGACUCUCCAAGGACGACAAUCUGAAGACCCAGUACCACGAUUUCAUCAGGGAGUACAUUUCGCUUGGGCACAUGAUACCGGUUCCACUGAACGAGGAAGACGAUCCGAAGGCUUGCUACCUCCCACAUCACCCCGUCCUGAAGGAGUCAAGCUCCACGACGAAAGUUAGAGUCGUCUUUGAUGGAUCUGCGAAGACGAGCUCUGGGCAUUCUCUGAACGAUUCUUUGUUAGUCGGACCUGUCGUCCAAGACGAUCUGUUCAGUCUCGUUCUCCGAUUUCGGAAAUUUCCGAUCGCUUUGGUGGCUGACAUCGAGAAGAUGUACCGCCAGAUUACAAUGCACGAGCACGACCGUCCGUUGCAAAGAAUUCUGUGGCAGUUUGACGAGUCCCAGCCGCUUCAGGCAUUCGAAUUGAGCACCGUAACUUACGGUCUGGCCCCGUCUUCGUUCCUCGCUACGCGAACUCUUCUGCAGCUAGUUGAGGAUGAAGGAACCCCGUUCCCGAAAGCAAGCAAAGCAAUAACGAAAAACACCUACGUAGACGAUUUCCUCGGUGGAGCCGACAGCAUCGUUGACGCCAUCCAGCUUCGCGAGGAACUUGAUGAACUGCUCCAAAAGGGUGGAUUCCGUCUUCGUAAAUGGUGUUCGAAUUCACUUCCUGUCCUAGCCGGACUUCCUCCAGAACUUCUAGGAACGCAGUCAUCACUGAGGUUCGAUCCUGGCGAAAUCACCAAGACCUUGGGAAUUCGUUGGGAUCUCGAGGCGGAUGUCUUUCGUUUCGAUGUUUCAAUCACCGUAAAUAGCCAGCCGGCUACGAAGCGCAACAUCCUGUCCGCCAUUGCGCAGUUGUACGACCCCCUCGGACUCAUCGCCCCCGUUAUUGUACAGGCCAAAAUACUGAUGCAACAUCUGUGGCUUUUGGCAUUGGAUUGGGAUGACGAAGUAUCGCCUGAUCUGCAACGGAAAUGGCGUCAAUUCUGCGAUCAACUUCCCAGCCUCUCCAACUUCUGCAUCGGUAGGUUUGCGUUCGCUCCUGACUACUGCUGUGCGGAGCUGCACUGUUUUGCCGACGCUUCUGAAGUAGGCUAUGGAGCAUGUAUAUACAUCCGCUCCGAAGAUCCCCAAGGAUGUGUCCAGGUGAGUUUGCUCGCUUCCAAAUCAAAGGUUGCCCCCAUAAAGCCGCUGAGUAUCCCACGCCUGGAGCUUUGUGCCGCUCUUCUCGCCUCCCGUCUACACGAAAAAGUUAUCGCCGCAUUCGACAUGGAAUUCUCUAGAAGCUAUUUCUGGUCUGAUUCCACCAUUGUUAUCCAGUGGCUGAAAGCUCCUCCACGGACGUGGCAGACGUUUGUGGCAAAUCGUGUCGCUGAAAUUCAGACCCUUUCCCACGGUUCUCAUUGGCAGCACAUUUCCGGCAACGAAAACCCCGCGGAUAUGAUCUCGCGAGGAAUGUCCGCAAAUGAUUUGGUCAGCAGUGAUCUUUGGAAGCGUGGCCCCACUUGGUUGCGAGAAGAUAAAUCGAAAUGGCCUGCUCAACCUGCUCUGGAGAGCAAGUUCACCAUAGAAGCGCUGGAGGCGAAGAAUCCUUCAAUUUUGACCACUCAAUUAGUUUCGCCGAACUCGUUGUUCGAGAGAUUUUCGUCAUUUCAAACCCUCCUUUCCGCUGUUGGAUACUGUUUCCGUUUCUACAACAAUGCCCGUAACCUGAAGCCGAAAGUUUCCAGCACAGUCCUCUCUGUCAUCGAAUUGCAGAAUGCCAAAUUAGCCCUCGUAAAGCUUGUGCAAAGUGAGACGUUUCCCGAAGACUUGCAACGGUUGAAGAAAGGACAGAUGGUGUCUAGCAAAUCCUCACUCCGUCUGCUAAGCCCGUUCAUCGACGCAGACGGCGUGAUCCGCGUUGGUGGCCGGUUACGGCUGUCCGACGAACCCUACAGUGUGAAACACCAAAUCGUCAUUCCUGGUUUCCACCCCUUCACGCAGCUGCUAUUGAAGCAUCACCACCGCAAACUCGUUCAUGGAGGCAUUUCGAUGACCUUGUCGGUCGUCCGCGACGAAUUCUGGCCACUAAAUGGCCGAAAGGCAGUUCGCAGUGCCAUUCGAAAGUGCUACCAGUGCAGCAGAGCAAAUCCUCAGCCCAUCCAGCAACCGAUUGGUCAAUUACCGAUCGCCCGAGUGACCGCUAAUGAGGCGUUCACAUGCACCGGUGUAGAUUAUUGCGGACCUAUUUUCCUGAAGCCAACACACCGAAAAGCCGCUGCGCGCAAAUCUUACAUAUGCGUGUUCGUCUGUUUGAGCACGAAGGCGGUCCACUUGAAGCUCGCAAGUGACCUGAGCACAGCCGCGUUUCUGAUGGCGCUCGAUCGUUUCGUUUGGAGGAGGAAUAAGCCGCUACACCUAUAUUCGGAUAACGGAACAAAUUUCAUCGGGGCUAAGAACGAAUUACACGCCCUCUACAAUAUGCUCCAGCUAGGCGCUGACAAUGAUAAGAUCGCCAAACACCUCGCCGAAGACAAUAUUCAAUGGCACUUGAUACCACCCCGUGCUCCCAACUUUGGUGGCCUAUGGGAGGCCGCCGUGAAGUUGCCAAAGCGCACCUUUGACCCGAACGACUUUGGCACUUUAACCCCAGCGCACUUCUUGGUGAAGAACAUGAUCCGUCCUCUUCCCGAAGCCGACGUCCGCAGCGUACCGUUUAACCGCCUUAGCCAAUACCAAACCCUCCAGAAGCACGCCCAGCUUUUUUGGCACCGGUGGCGCAAUGAAUAUCUGAAGGAACUGAACCUACAGUACCGGAUGAACCCGAAGCAGUACCAGCUCAACGUCGGCGAUCUCGUCAUCUUAAAGGAUGAGUGCCAUCCUCCUGCUCGCUGGCCGUUGGCCCGCAUCGUCGAACUUCAUCCUGGACCCGACGGAGUGACCAGAGUUGUCAGUCUUCGUACGCCAUCUGGAAUCCUGAAGAGGGCUGUCUGCAAAAUCUGCCCCAUCGAAUGUGCAACAGAAGCGUGA